UUCUUCUUGCGUGCGGCGCGAGCGCGCACUUUCUUUUGCGAGGUAGGCCUGAGUGGCUCGAGACGACGUGGGGUAUAACUGAUUAGACCGCUCACCCGUCUCUUUCUUUUAAGAUUAAUUUUUGUAUACAGUAGUCGAUAUGGCUUUUAAAAAAGGCCCCGCCCAAGCUCAGAAGUCUGGCCCAAAAAGUGUAGCCGAGGCUGGAAAGAAGGCACCUCCCUCGAAGAAACCGCUGGCCGCGAAAGCAGAUGACGACGACGACGACUUGGAUGAGGAAGACGACGAUUUUUCUAUGGACGAAGACUCUGAUCUCAGCGGAGCUGAUGAAGACUUGGAUGAUGAGGAACUUGACGAUGAGGAACUUGAUGAUGAAGACCUUGAUGAUGAAGAGCUGGAUGACGAAGAACUUGAUGAGGAAUCUGAAGAUGAGGAUGUUUCAGCUCUGAAGACCACAAAGCAAGCGUCUGCUGCAGCAAAGGCACAAGGUCAGCAGCAGAAAAGCCCUGUCAAGCCGUCUCAGUCGCCGAAGGAGAAAGUUCCUGUGGUGGCAGCCGUCAAUGGCAAGCGUAAGGCCGACUGGGAAGCAGGCUCCUCUCCGGCCAAGAAGAUUCGAUUGCAAGACCAUAUUCCAGCAUCCUUUGUUGUCGAUUAUGAGGCCCGAGACCUGUGUGAUGUCAAGCUGGCUUCUUUUCCUGAUGGCGUCACAAAUGAUGAUAUCAAGAAACUCUGCAAGGAUGGUACUGUAGUGCGAGAAAUCCUACAAAACAAAAAACUUGCGUGUGCUUUUGUGCGGUAUGCCAACAAGGAAAUGGCUGUGGCAGCUGUGCGCUCACUGCGGGGGACCAACCUAAAAGGAGUUCCCAUCAAGGUUUCAUAUUGUGGUGAUCGGUGGACCAAACCAGCAUCAUGCCCUCAGUUCCAGCCGGAUACUUUGGAUGUGCGGCGAGUGCCUAAACAGUACCAAGACAAGCAAAAGCUUGCUGCACUAUUCCCCACAGGCGAAGUGCUCAAGGUACAGCGAGACGGCUAUGCUCAGGUGAAGUUCCCAUCCAGUGAAGCACUGAUCAAGGCACUAAAGAAUCCGAAGUGCCGGACAAUUGAUGGCAAAAAUCUGGAGUUUUCAGUGGCACUUGUCCCCAGGCGCAAACACAAGGCUGCAGGCUUUAAGGCAAAUCAGAAUGCUGUCUUAAGCCCGAAAAAUAAGAAGGCUAGAAACACAGCCAAACAGGAAGCAGCAGCAGCCAAGACCCCCACAAAAGGCCAGACUCCCAGCAAGCAGCCUAGUGGCCCUAGUCCGAAGGGCUCUCCCCAGACUCCUGCCCAGCAGAAGAAGCAGAGGCGAAAGAGAUCGAAGACGCCCGGGCAGCAAGGGGGACCCAAGACUCCGGGGCAGCAAGGGGGACCCAAGACUCCGGGGAAGCAAGGGGGACCCAAGACUCCUGGGCAGCAAGGGGGACCCAAGACUCCUGGGCAGCAAGGGGGACCCAAGACUCCUGGGCAGCAAGGGGGACCCAAGACUCCUGGGCAGCAAGGGGGACCCAAGACUCCUGGGCAGCAAGGGGGACCCAAGACUCCUGGGCAGCAAGGGGGACCCAAAACGCCAGUGCAGAGAGGAGGGCCAAAAACACCUGGACAGGCAAAAGGAGUUGCCAAGACACCAGGAAUGCAAAAGACACCAGGUGCAAAAAGCACUCCAGCCAUGGCUUGAGAAGCAUCAUGAGUGUUUUUAACAGCUGUGAAUAGAGGGACUGAAGGAAGGGCAGGGUUGGGGGACAUGUUCUUUCAACGUGGCAGUGCAGUAUGGUUCACUCAAAGCAAACACCAAAUGAAUAUUGCAGUGCUAAUUAUAGCUCAGUUUUGGUAUAAAUGGCUGAAAAGUAAUUUUUAAUCAACACAUGUUUACCUAAUGCAUCACAUUUUGCACUUUUUUCUUGUGAAUGUAAAGUGUUGAUGUUGGCUUAUAUACUGUUUAGGUGUUCCCUUUAUGAGUGGACCAUACAGAACAUUGCCAUAAUCACUUGGCAUUAUUGAUAAAGUCUACCAUAUUCCCAUCAUGUUAGUGUCAAAUAAAGUGUGUCCAUUCUA